AGUUCACAUGGUUCAAAUGUGGAGGACUCUCGACGGGGCUCAGCUGGGCACACGUCCUCGGAGAUGCAUUCUCAGCUUCAAACUUCAUCAACAUGUGGGGCAAGAUCAUGGCAGGCCAUUUCCCACCGGAGUCUCUCAAUAUGCCGAUCGCCGGAAAGACCCAAUUCCGAUCUUCAAAUGGCAAGAAACCAUUUUCCCUGAAAAGGGUCAACCCUGUUGGGGACUAUUGGCUCACUACCAAUUCUUGCAAGAUCGAAACCCAUUCUUUUCAUUUGACUGCAAAACAACUUGACCAUUUACUGUCUGAGAUUUGUGGCCAUGACCCAGCAAAGGUAAAAUCACCCAUUUUUGAAGUUCUCUCGGCGAUAUUGUGGAGGUCUUUGGCUAGGAUAAGGGGUGAGUCAGAGCCAAGAGUUGUGACAAUAUGUAGAAACGAUUCUGGGAACAGAGAGAAUGAACUUCCGAACAAUAAUGAGCAGGUGAUUAGCGUUGUGGAAACAGAUUUCACAGUUGCAAAGGCGGAUAUAUUAGAACUGGUUGAUCUGUUUGCUGAAAAGAUGUUGCACGAGAGGUGUUUGAUAGAAGAACUGAUAGAGAGUGAUAAAGCAGAAUCGGACUUUAUAGUAUACGGGGCAAACUUAACGUUUGUAAAUUUGGAAGAAGCUGAGAUUUAUGGGCUGGAACUGAAUGGACAAAAACCAGUUUAUGCGAACUAUAGUAUUGCUGGAGUUGGGGAUGAGGGGGUUGUUUUGGUGCUCCCGGGGCCAGAAAAUGGUAAAGAGGGAAGUGGAAGAACAGUGACUGUGACCCUGCCCGAGUAUAAGCUAGUAGAGUUGAAAAAUGAGCUCAAAACGGAAUGGGGUAUUUUCUGAAACCAAAUUAAGGAGGGGCUGUUAGACGCAAAUAUUACAGUGUACGAGAUGUCCAGCACGUACGUAGUAUAUGGGAAGAUCGAACUGGAAUCACGUAGAUUAUGGGAAGCUUAGUGUACGUAAUUUUAUCCCACAUAUUUGUUUUUUAAAAUUAUAUUGUGUAAAAGACUCGAAUCACGUAGUAUAUGAGAAGAUCGAACUCGAAUCACGUAGAAUAUGUGAAGGUGAUGAAAAAAUUCCGUGCCGUAGCUUCAAUUUUUACUAUUUUAACAA